GGCGCACCAUCCUCGGGUUUUCCUACCAGAGGACCAUCGGGAUUUGUUUCUAGUCCGAAAAAUUAUCGCUUCUUCAACACCGCGACCACGCGGUAUCCACACGAAGAUGUUGGAGAAGCGUCAGUAAAGUCGAAUUCUGUGAGCUAUUUUGAUUUUGUCGACCACGGUCAGCAGCAGCAGCAGGACAUUUAUUAUCAUUCGUUUCCUCCCGUAGUUCCUCCACCGCGGGCGCAACCAGUUUCAGACCUGUUUCAACAGACCUCCCGUGGUGGACGGUCCAAUCAUACUGAGCAAGAGGAUAGAGAUGGGCCCUUCUUGCGUCGACUGUACUGCUCACAGCCACCGUCAACUACUAGGAGAGCAGUUCAGCAAGAAGAUGAUAGUAAAGGGGCAAGAACGUCAGACCUAGGACCACGUGGGAGAAGAAACUACAGCAACUUCGAGCAGCAAAGAACAAGGUCUGUGGAUCCACCGAGAGGCAGAGAGAAGAAUCCGAAGCAGCUACUUCAGACAGGGACUUUCGAACUCCCUGAAGGCGAAAGCGAGGAACCCAAAAAGCAUCGCUGUGUGGGAGUUCACGGCAUCCUCGACGAAGUCUCAUCCAAUAGCUGUGGCCAAAAUAAGACAAACCACACUUCUCAACCCUUGCCGAGUCUACUACAAGAUCAAUCGUCAUCAAAGGAGAAUCUUCAGAAUUUUUUCUCAUGCUCUCCGUCUACGAACAAUCGUAGCAAUCUUGAACAACUGCACAAGAAGAGUGAAAUUCAAGAGCUACCUGAGGUUCGUCGCGUGCCAUCAGAGACGCGACGGGGUAUUUCUAAGACAAUGACAUCUUCAAAGACCACAAAGGCUGCUCCUGCUGAUGUUCUUGACGGUGGGUACAACUACUACAACUACAACACCGAGCGACCUUCUAGUACACCUGCUGUUGAAAAAGAAUUAAGGGUAGGUUAAAGGUGCUUUUCUUACCGCUUUUUAUGCCUCUCCUAAGGGAGAAAGGCAUAACAAGCGGGUUAAGCGAGCACCAAAAACCUACCUCUAAAAGAAGUUGUGCUACAGCCAAGACAGAAGAAAGACAAAGAUUACUACGUAUCAACCUCUACAGCAGGGAUUAGUACAACUGGUACCCGAUACCACGAAAAUGUAGAACAAGAACAACAAGGGACCACAGUAGAAGAAGUUCUGCAGCAACGAUACAAAAAAAAUCAGAGCUACUACGUAUCAACAUCAAAAAAUGAACAACCAGGUCAUGUAGAAGAUGACAUGCUAGAACACAGGGAAAAGAAAGAUCACGAUUACUACAUAUCAACUAAAACUAAUUCGUGGCAUCAACAUGAUCAAGCGGGCUCUCCACCUGAAACCACGGUAACGAGCUUUUCGUGGGCUCCCACGGGAAAAGAAGUCAUUUUUCUGGAGGAUGGUGGGAAGAGUGAACAAGAACACGAAGCUCAUGCGUCCAACGUGGUGCGAAUGCAGACGCGGGCGCACACACGUGAAAUUUUGACGGAUAACUCUUCUAUGCAGUUCAACGGCUAGCUCUACGACUAUGCAUACAGUGAAGUGCUAGUAGCACGUUCACGCUACAUCUAGUGCUUGAUCAUCUACAGAUAUUCUAUGAUGUCAUUCUCGCUAUUCUCUCUUCAAAAUGAUUAAGAAUCGUGCACAGCAACUGCAACUAAGCGUAAUCGGGAUCAAUUGAAUGUUGACCAUCGUACCUUAUUACAAUGCACUCGAGUCCUUUUAGCUCAUGGAAUAGCGCAAGUCCUCACUAUCGUAUAAACAUGUAUAAAGUCCUUUUUGUGCAUAGAAUUCGUAAGUACUACUUACCAUGCGCAUCAGAAGUAUCUCUUCAGUCAACAUCAAUUUACCGUAGGACUUAUUACUAGUUUCAAAAUUGUGCCCUGCGAAGACAAGAGCUAAGAAGGAAUUCUCUCAACUACUACAAAGAAGGCGCCAGUUUUAACCAAAAAGGUCCGACCUUGUACGCAAAGACAAAGGGUAACGAAUGAAGCUUACUGAUCUGUACAUUAUCGAU